AUGAAACCUUUCACAAUGUAGGAACUCUCCGAGCAGGGUCUGGGGAGUGAUGCGCAGGUGGAGUUGCGGACACUUUGGCUGCCCGUGGAUUACAGGGAGGUGAAGCCGAGAGUCACAAGAAUCUGGGAAGAUCUCCAACCCUCGGCCAGUUGCCGGUUCUGCGACCCUGAGGCUAAGAGCCUCUUCUCCCCAGCUUCUCCCAGUAACGUGUUCUUUCCAAGCCAGGGGGACAAAGCCUUCAUCUCCCCGGGAGCGUCUGCAAUCACACCUUACUACCUGUCUGCGCAUCACGGAAAUGAGUGUGCAGCGCUCCUCCUCCCCCCUCCGUUAUCUCCCUGGCUCCCCACCAGCCUGACUCCGGUUAUGGUUUUCAUGACAAUAAAAUGCAAACCUCGUAAUUUUUUUUUUAUCUUAAAAGAUGCAGCGGGCCCGUGUGAUUCUGCCCAGAUUGCCGGGACCGCAAUUGCCGUCUGUAGAGCCGCACGCGGCGGGCUGAUCCGUGACCAGCUGGCCAUGGGGACACACAGGCGUGGCCACCGCUCGGUGCCUGGGUCCUGGCCUCCAAGCUCCUGCAUCCAGGUGCCGUGGGCAGCUUCCCAGCCACGGACCCUCAAGUAUUUGUUUUCCUUUGUAACCUUUGUUUUUAAAUGUGGUAAAAUACAUGUGACCUAAAAUUGACCA